AUAGUCAAGGAAGCCUCUGAGCUUGCCCAUCACCCCUCAGGCGAAUACGCUGCUUCACCACUUGAAGAUAAUCUAUUUGAAUGGCACUUUACCCUGCGCGGCCCGCCGGAGCCCUCGCCCUACGCCAAAGGACUCUACCACGGUCGAAUCGUGCUGCCUGCAGACUAUCCACUAAAGCCCCCAGCAUUUCGUUUCCUGACCCCUACAGGGCGCUUUGAAGUCAAUCGCGAGAUAUGUCUCAGCAUAAGCGGACAUCAUGAAGAAUUAUGGCAGCCUGCAUGGGGUAUUCGUACGGCGCUGAUUGCGAUCCGGAGCUUCAUGGACAGCGACCCCAAGGGGCAAGUAGGCGGACUAGAGUGCGAUGAUGCUGCACGGAGGAGAAUGGCAAAUGAAAGCCGUAAAUGGGCAUGUCGC